GAGCUUGUUAUAGUGUUACAAGCUUUUAAUAUAUAAAAGACAAAUAAUAAAGCUAAUGGCAUUUUAAAGUGAAAUGUAUACAUGUGAUGUGUUAAAAUAUAUAUUUUUAAUUCCUGACUAGUGUCAAGAUUAAAGCAUAGAAGAGAAUUUUCAUUACAGUUCAUUCCAAAAAAAAAAAAAAAAAAAUGGAUUUGAAAAAAAAUAUGGCAAAGAGUGUGAAGCUCAACUUCCAUAGGAAUGAACUGAUAACGCUCUGCUCUGUUCGCUUCACGCCAGUGUGCAUGCACCGUAAAGCCCUGUUCACAUCUGAUUGAGUUAUUGUAAGGCUUACAAUAUAGAAAAUAAAUAAUUGAGCUCAUAAUAGUGUAUAAAAAGUUUACAUAUUAAGUGUAGGAAUAUUGUGCUGGUUUAAAGUUUAAUAAAGGUCACAGUACCUCUGUGUGUCACAGUUUGCUGUGCAUUGCUGGGACAUCAGAUAAUAUAACAAAAUGUGGUGCAUAUAUAAACAAAAAUACUUAUUUUAUUAAUAUUAAUGCAACAAUAUUGGAGCAAAGAUUGUGUUAAGCCUGUUUUUUUUCUUGAAUAAUGUCUUGAAUAAGCUGAAGAAGGUUAAUAAUGGAACCCUUUUUCGUCUUUGACCUACAUGCUGUUGUAAUCAUACCAACCCUCUUCUCAUGGAUUUUUACAGUUUGUUUAGGAUCACAUGAGGUCCCUCCCUUACAUAGCAGCUAUAAAUGUGUGAGUGCAUCAGUUCAGAAGCUUAGAGAGAAAAUGGCUGUAUUCGAGUCACUUCUGCAGUUUCUUAGCACAGGUACAGUUCUGGGUGCCUUGCUGUUACUUCUGGUUUUGUAUUUGCUUUCCUCUGGAUCCAGAUCUCAGAAAGAUGGGAAAGAGCCACCUGGACCCAAACCACUGCCGCUGCUGGGGAACCUGCUGACCCUUGACCUCAAGAGACCCUUUGACACCUUUUGUGAGCUGUCCAAAACCUAUGGAAACAUAUUCCAAGUGUUUUUGGGUCCCAGAAAAACUGUGGUCUUAGUUGGGUACAAAACUGUCAAAGAAGCUCUUGUGAACUAUGCAGAAGAGUUUGGCGACAGAUAUAUUGGACCUAGUUUCAGGAUUCUGAACGACGAACAUGGAAUUGUUUUUUCCAACGGAGAGAACUGGAAAGAGAUGCGACGAUUCGCUCUCAGCAACCUGCGGGACUUCGGGAUGGGCAAGAGAGGAAGUGAAGACAAAAUCAUAGAGGAAAUUCAGUAUCUGAAAAGAGAGUUUGAUAAGUUUGAAGGGAAAGCCUUUGACACAACACAGCCUGUGAACUACGCUGUGUCAAACAUCAUCUCAUCUAUUGUGUACGGCAGCAGAUUUGAAUACACAGACCCUCGAUUCACAGAAAUGGUCGACAGGGCAAAUGAAAAUGUUCGGAUUGGUGGAUCAGCUACUAUGAUGCUUUAUAAUAUAUUUCCAUGGUUGGGUCCGCUUCUCAACUGCAAAAGGAUUGUUUUAAGAAAUAUAUUGAAAAAUAAAGCAGAAAUUAUGAAGUUGAUCAAUGAGCUGCUGGAGACUCUGAAUCCACAGGACCGCAGAGGGUUUGUCGACUCCUUUCUCAUCCGCAAACAGAGUGAAGAGCAAUCCUGCAAGAAGGACUCGUACUUUCACCAGGAGAAUCUUUUUGUGACGGUAGGAAAUCUGUUUGUCGCUGGUACUGACACGACAGGAACGACUCUGCGCUGGGCUUUGAUGCUCAUGGCCAAAUACCCUCAUAUACAGGAUCGAGUUCAAGAGGAGAUUGACCGAGUGAUUGGUGGACGUCAGCCAGUGGUGGAAGACAGAAAGAAAUUACCGUAUACAGAUGCUGUGAUUCAUGAAACUCAGAGACUGGCCAACAUAGCGCCCAUGAGUCUGCCCCAUUUAACCACCUGUGACAUUCACUUCAACGGAUACUUCAUCAAAAAGGGUACCACUGUAGUUCCUCUCCUGACGUCUGUUCUGAAGGAUCCAAAUGAAUGGGAGAAACCGAACAGCUUUUAUCCAGAACACUUCCUAGACGAGAAGGGCCAGUUUGUCAAGAGAGAUGCUUUCAUGCCCUUUUCUGCAGGCCGAAGGGUUUGUUUGGGAGAGAGUUUGGCCAGGAUGGAGCUCUUCCUGUUCUUCACUUCCCUCCUUCAGAGCUACCACUUCACAACUCCACCUGGAGUGUCUGGAGAUGAUCUGGAUCUCAAAGGAAUAGUGGGAAUCACAUUGAAUCCAUCCCCACACAAGCUGUGUGUGAUCAGACGCUCCUGAUACUGGAUGAUCAAAACAGAAACAACACAUUUACCUCAUUUUAAAUAAGAACAGGCAUGAUUUUACUUGUGUAAAUUUUUAAAAUGUAUACAAAUAACUCACUAUAACUCACUUCUGACUUUUAUUGCAUAAAAUGUCUUAAACAGCAGGUGCAUAUUGUGUGUUAAUUUUUUUUGUAGUAAAAAAGAUAAUUAAAAAAACGUAUGUUAUUUUCAUACAAAGUAUAGCAUUAUUAUACAAGAUUACUUAAACGCACAACUGUAUGAAGAAAAAAUAAAACAUCCAAAUAAACAUAUUUUCUAAAAAAUA